ACUUUCUGUCCUUGCCAGCCCAGGACCUCUUAACUCAACUCGCAGAGGCUUUUCAGUCAAAAGAGAGCAAGAUAAUGUCCAGACGCAAGUUCCAGGAGCGAAAGUGGCAACCAGCUGAAGACUUUGCUACGUACUUUAACGACAAGACCCUGUUGGCUGCACACAUCAGAAUAGACGACGAGGAAUUAAUCGACAGUAUCAUCGAAGGAAUACCGGAUACUCUUCUACGACAACAGGCACACAUGCACUGUUUUAAUUCGUCUGCCCAGCUGUUGCAGGCAUUCUCCAAAGUAACAUUGCGGAAACCAUCUCUCGCAUUUGGACGCCACAAAGACGUUUCUGGAAAUCAGCCCGGACCCGCUGUAAGAUGCUUCAACUGUAACUCCAUGGGUCACUUCGCAGCCGACUGCCGCAAGCCUAAGCGCGCGUACGGCGCUUGCUACGGUUGCGGAAGUUUGGAGCACCUGAUAUCCCAUUGCAACGAGAAGAAGAACGCAACCAAAAAUGAAUAUAAUGCCUAAUCGAUUCUGGGAGUCCAAUUAGUUUUACGAAGUUAUCCUGCGUUGAAAACAUUCUAAGAAGUAAUAUCGUUAACGUUAAUGAAAACAACUUGUCGCAUUACUUUGGCUUGAACCACAGCCCUUUAGACAUAUAUGGAAAGAUAUCAUGUUUUGUUAUUAUGAAUAAAGUGAAGUUUAAUUUUGAAUUAUUAAUUGUGGCAAACGAAUCGAUGGCAUAUAGCACUGUUUUAGGAAGAGAUUUUAUGAACAUUUGUAACUUUAAGAUUGUUAGGGAAAAUGAUUGUUCAAAUGAUAGUUGUACUGAUGAUCGUUCAAAUGAUAGUUGUACUGAUGAUCGUUCAAAUGAUAGUUGUACUGAUGAUCGUUCAAAUGAUAGUUGUACUGAUGAUCGUUCAAAUGAUGGUUGUGCUGAUGAUCGUUUAAAUGACA